AUGAAAAUGCAUCGAAUAUUAACUAGAUUCCCAUCUGGAGCAGUACCAUCACAACGAACAUUUGCAACAUUCAACAAGAGCAAACCAAGCAACAAUCGACCAUCAGGAGGAGGCUACACUUCCAAAUUUAAAUCACCGCCGCGUCGCCCUCCUCGUCAAGGAGGCAACAAACACAACAAUCUAGUCAUACCAUCGAGAUUCAGACUCGAUGAUGGUGAACGUGUGCAAUCAGACUCGAGGCAGAGAUAUAAUGGUGAUACAUCAAGUAAACCGAGAUACGAUGCACGCAAUGGAGAGGCUUUUAGAGGUGGAUCACGGUUUGGAGGUGCUGGUGGGGGUGAUUCGUACCAGCGUGCACCAGUGAAGAAAAGAUUUGAAGGUCAGCAAGGGGAUGGAUCUAGACCUAGUCGCUCGUUCGUUGAGCGUGGUGUGCCAUCUAGUGGUGGAUUUGAGCGUGCGCAGGAUGAUAGAUCCAGUCGCUCGUAUGCUGAACGUGGCAUGGGAUCUAGUAGUAGAUUUGAGAGUCAGCAAUGUGAUGGAUAUAGACCGAGCCGCCCGUUUGCUGAACGUGGUAUGCCCACUGGUAAUAGGUUUAAGAGUCAGCGGGAUGAACGACCUAGUCUCUCGUUUUCUGAACGUGGUAUGCCUUCUGGUAAUAGAUUUGAGGCUCGGCAAGAUGAUGGGCGUAGUCGCUCGUUUGCUGAACGUAGAAUACCAUCUCAUAAUGGUUUUGAGACUCAGCUAGAAGAUAUACCUAGAUCAAAUCCUCCGUUUGCUGAACGUGGUACGCAAUCCAGCAACAAUAGUCCUAAAUGGGAAGCACGUGGACGAGUCAAACGAAGAUCUAAACAGCCAGCACAAGUUGAUGAACAACCAUUUAACAGCCAACAACUUGAAGACGACAUCCCCAAAGGUAUCAUAGUUGAAAUCAAUCAACCCAUAUCAGAUUCCGGAUUAGACGAAACGGUAGUCAGCAGUCAAGAAACAGCAGCAACAGGCAAAGCUAAAUUCCAAGAUAUGGGACUGGAACCUGAAGUUUUGGAAGCCAUUACGAUAUCUCUUGGGUUUAGGAAGCCGACUGCACCACAAUCUUUAGCUAUACCUGUUAUCCUGGCAAACCAUGGAGAUGGCGUGUUAUGUGCUGCUGAAACUGGAUCUGGAAAGACUGUAGCGUAUUUGGCGCCUGUGAUGAAUAUGUUGAAGGCUGAAGAAAAGAUGUUGAUGAAACAGCAGCAGGAGCAAGAAGAAAAAAAGGAUGCAGUAGUAGAUAGUAGUGCUGAGACUGCAGAGAUCGCCUCCACGAUUGAUACGAUUUUAGGACCCACUAAUCCUGACAUUGAUGGUACAACUACUAUAAAACCUACAGAACACUCCAAUCACAUCGCAUCACCACGGCCUGUAUUCAAACCGCGCCAUCCACGAGCAAUUAUAAUACUCCCAACCCGAGAACUGGUCUUCCAAGUACGUAAUGUAGCAGCUCUCAUGUCCCACACCAUCAAACUACGCACAGUAGCACUAACCAGUGCAUUAUCCCAUGAUCGUGUCAACGAGUCUCUGCAACAACCGGUGGAUAUAAUAAUGAGUACAGCAGGCACACUAGCACGUCUCGUCAAUGAUGGAUUAUUAUCACUGUCCAAAGUAAAAUUCUGUGUUGUAGAUGAAGCAGACUCGCUCCUCGACGACAAGCAAGGCUUCGACACUGAAUUAAAAGGAAUACUAGCAUCCAUAAACCACUAUAACGUAAAACCGAUAUUCGUAUCAGCCACACUACCCCGAUCUGUAUCCGCUAAACUGCUCGACGAGUACCCCACCCUAGUCCGAGUCGUGACUCCACGCCUACACAAAACAGUACCGACCUUGUCGCAACGAUUCGUAAACAUUGAGUCUAAAAGCAUGGCUGGCCACACACUCAACGAAAUCGUCAAGGACAUUUCGAAAUCAAAUGCGACGCCACAGCAUGUCCUUAUAUUUGUAAAUACUCGAAUGGCAUGUUUCACCAUCCAGAAAUUCUUGAUAAAGUCGGGAUACAAUGCGAAUGCUGUUCAGGUCUUGCAUUCGGACUUGGAGAGUCGGGAGAGGAUGAAGGUUGUAGAAGAGUUUAGGGAAGCUGUAGGGUUUAAGGUGUUGGUUGCUACGGAUAUAGCGUCUAGAGGACUGGAUACUACAGAUGUGGAUCAUGUUAUACUGUACGACUUCCCAGCAUCCAUGCAAGAUUACCUACAUCGAGUAGGUCGAACAGCUAGAGCUGGAAGCAGAGGCCGUGUUACGUCGUUUGUUUGGCCCAGGGACGUUCGCCUUGCUUCUUUUAUAAGACGACAGCUCAACCUGUAG